CUUCUAAGUCUUCGGUGCCGACCAAGUACUAUCCUCAGAGUGGGGAGGGUACCUGCAAAGGCACUCCGACGCUCAAGAUCCACUGUACACCAUCAAGUCAUGGGAGAUGAUAUGGUUAGGGUUUCAGUGUUGGAUGUGAGACAACCAGAGGCUAGAGUUCCUAUGCCCACAGAGGAGGUUCAGACAAUGGGACAAGCCUUGAACACCUUCCUUCAGUGGCCUUAUAAGUUAGUAAAGGUGAUAUCUACGAAGGAUAUUGUUACCUCACCAAAGGGUAAAGGGACGGUCAUUGUUACCCCUUCUAGAAAUCUUCCUCCAAUAAAAAGGCUAUGGAGAUUAGUUGCAGAUAUGGAAGAUGACGAGCAACCCAAACAACUCCCUUGGCCUCCUGAAGUGUUUAACAUGUCUAGUAAAGUACCUCUAUAUAUAAGUCAGAGUGAUAUAUCAGAGAUUACAAAUGGUCAUUGUAUGCUAAACAUAUCAAUUUUGCAGUUAUGGUUGUUAUUUAUCCAUAAAUUGAGCAUGGAUAAGGGAAAUGAUCACAUAUAUGGAUUUUUGGAGCCUGAGUCAAUCCAAAAAAGUGGAAACAAAGUCGAAGAAAUACAAGCUUACAUUCAAAAUUGGAUGUUCGACUCAAAUAAAAAAGUUUACUUGGCCCCUUAUUUUUCUGAGUAA